CUUUCUUUCUCCAAGAAGAAAUGCGUUCUCGGUUCAUCUCUUGGCUCGACUUGGCUUCCUUGGCUUCCUUGGCUUCUCUUGGCUUUCGAUCCCCUGGUGCCUACUUUUGAUGAUCGUUUUCAGUUGAUUACCUCAUUCCGAGCAGCCGCCAUGCUCUGCGAAAGUCGCCCACUGGUGGUGUUUUCGCUCGGCGUAGCACUUAUCUUUGUUUGGACGCUUCGUCUUUUGGGCGUUCACGAGGCGAUAAACGAUGCGGUGUCAACAAUAUUCGACGAGGCACCGAGCCAGCAAGAUGCAGAAAGCAUCUUCAUUCAACAGGCCAUGAGCGUCGAGUACCCUGCCCCGAUCGACUACGAGCCUAUCCGGCAGAUAUGUUCCCGUAAUAGUUUUCGUCCGGGAUUGCUGUUCAGCUGCGAAGGUCAGCAUGGCGGUAUUGGGAUGGUGCGCAACCAGAUCCUGAAGUGCGUCCGGUACGCAAUCAAAGGCGGAGGCGCGAUAGUUAUUCCUUCAAUGGCGCUGCGCAACGCGAAAGACAUCACCGAUAUCGAAACCACUACCGAAGUGCCGCUCGACUACUUGUUAGAUCACGAAACAUUCGUCACUCAUUUGACAAACGGAUGCCCCGGCAUGCGUGUCUACGAACGCGCAGAGGACUUUCCGUUUUACGAGCGGCGGAUAGGGGAGCCUCUGAGCCUGCUGGGCGACCAGUUCGAGCCGCACCAUCCCAAGGAGGGAUUGAGGUACCCCCGGAAAUGGCGACAAUUCUUCGACGAAUGGCUAGAUAAGAUGUCUGUCAGGGACCGGAUGCAAGCGGACGCUCCGGUACACAUCAAGAUGGAGCAGAGUUUCCUCGAGUAUCCCGUUCGCGACGAUGGCGAGGCAUUCGUGAACGAGUUCGGCAAGAUCCUGUCUUUUCGCAACGAAACCCGCGCCCUGGCGGCCAAGAUUAUUUACAAGCUAAAAGAGAAGUUCGCGUUACCCAUUGAUCCGACAGUGGCGAUCAACCCGAACGCCUACUAUGGCGCCCACCUGCGACUCGAGAAGGAUGCAACUUCUGCUUGGGGACCGGAUGAGUGGCGCUUUUCGCGUAUGGACGAUCAAUUCGAAGAGCAAUUCAAGAACGUGGAGCGCAGCGGUCUCGGCGUCGUAUACGUUGCGUCCGGGAACCAGACCGUGGUUGAUAUCUUCGCCGAACGGCUGCAAAAGCGCCUCGCGGCUGGGUCAGGGAGGAAUGUUACAGUGGUGACCAAGCAUGAUCUGCUCCAAGGGCCCGACAGAAAGCAGCUCGAUGGCCUCACGUUCGACCAGCUGGCCCUGGUGGACUUUUUAGUAAUGUUUAAGGCGAGCGUGUUCAUGGGCGUCGCGCACUCCAGUUUUCCCUGGACUAUAGCGUUACGCAGGCACGAGCUCAGCAAAUACUCGGAAUAUGGUAACGAGGGAUCGGACUUACUGCGAGACGAGUACAGUACCAUCAUGGGCAUGGAAGCCGACUAUCCAUAUGUUGACCCAUUUGUCUACGGUAUAUGGCCUUAGGGCUUGCUUGGAAGCAUCAAGAGCACACGUGAGUCGCAUGGAUCGAGACGUGGGAACUCGAUCUAUAUGACGUUAAGACUUAGAGCGUUACACUUGUCAAUUUUGCAAGUCGGAAACUUUUAUGCAUUAGGGCUUUGAUGGUGCUCUACCACGUUUUCCCGCUUGACUUCGGCCAUACACGUUAGCAAACCGCUCCUAAUACCACGUUCUACUAAUAAAUAAUAUACAUUGUACUACGAGAAUUGAUAGAAGAAACAAUACACAGACAUGCCUGAACACCCC